AUGAAAAGCGAACAUCAGCUCGACUUUGCGGAAGUAGGCGCUCUCGUCAGGCUCGCGCACAAAUAUCAAAUUGCGGACUUGCGCGAGAACGGGCUUGCGAAGUUGAAGAUGAUCUUCACGGACGACUUGGCCGUAUGGGAGGAGUACUCAGAUUCACGAGAUACGAAAUUCACGGGCAUACGCUGGAUCGAGUCCGACGCGAUCUCUGUGGUGAACCUGGUUCGUCUCACGAACGCGAUGACCCUCCUCCCCGUGGCGUUUUACCUCUGCUGUCAACUGCAGCCACACGAGCUCACUCGCGGGGUGACUCGCCCGGACGGUACAGUCGAACGCUUAUCUACGGAGGACCUCGAAGUCUGCAUCAGAGCACGCGCAAUGCUUAUGCUGGCGUACGGUGCCGGGUGGAUGGAUCUCUUCUCGGGCGUCAGUAACGACUGCACGCAGGGUGCUCGAUGCAUGGACGGUCUUUCGCGCAUCGGGCAGGCGGUACUGCUCAGCUCAACGCGCGCGCAGAUUUCGUACCACAGCUGCCUCAGCAACCCUCGCAAUGUGAUCGCCGCGAGGUGCACGGACCACCGGCUUUGUGCUGCGUGCGUGCGGUUUAUAACGAAGAAGAGCCUCGACUGGCGUCGUACUGUCUGGAAUUCUCUCCCCGCGUACUUUGGCUUGGGGAAGUGGGAGAAGCUCAAGACGGCGGAAUCUGCGGCAGACUGA